ACCAAGGCCCUCGGCGCACCCGAGCUCCCGGAGUUGCGGCCAAGGCGGAGAAAUUGUUCGGCUUGGUUGCUGGCUGGUCGAGCCUCGCCUCACGUCGCCUUGUCCCGCCCCGCCCCGCCUCGCCUCAUCUGCCUCGUCGGCCCUUCUUGUCAUGCCGAGUACUGUACGUACACGAAGGCACGGAUACCGAUGGGUAUAGUAUACGUAGCCGGUAUUGCUUUAUUCUUAUGGCUGCACCGAUCUCAACAUUUCUUCUACGCAGUAAGCAGAACGAUAGCAAGCUUCGGAGCAGCGCAAAGAUAUGUUUUUUUUUUGCAGGUAGGUGACCCAACUCCCUUGUUGAGGUGGCUGCCAAGGGCCUGGCCGGGCUCUCUCCUGAAUUUCCCCAGGGGCAAUAACAGCAACAACACAAGUGGCGGGGUCAGUCACAGCCGCGCCAAGAUUCAUGAUUCAGGACUAAUUCUUAUUGCUUCUCCUUCGGUAAAGUGGCGGAGAAAAGGGAUAUAGUGGCUCCCGCCACGGCUGGCAACAUAGCACA